AUGCGACAAAUCGUGUCUUCGUGGCCCGAGAGCAAGUCUACCUGUCAUGGCUUUUGCGGUAUCACUCUAUCGGACUGGCACCCUUCACCCACGGCCAAAACCUGGGUAACAUUCGGCUUCUGCGUCUGCCCCAACGAGUAUGCCGAGUCAAAUCUCGCGAUCAUGUAUAAAACUCUUUUCCAGCGAUGCACCUUCGACGAAUUCUGGCACGCCUACGACGAGUCUUCCCUGAUAGCUCUCUUCGACCGACACGGCUUGAAAGAAGAUCGUCUCCGCAUUCCCAAUCUCGAAAUCGUCUUAAAGGGCUCUCCACGGGGCUUUUACUCGGUGUGGUACCUCAAACAGUUUGUGGUUGAUGAGACAGAGAGCGUGUCCCCGCCAUUGUCCGUCUGCGUGGAUUACGGCUUCGACAAGUGCAAUUCCUCAUCGCUCCUCGAGGAUCUCAAAGGCAUAUAUAAGCUGCUGUUUCUGGAGGCGCACGUGGAUCCGGUCAAGCUGCAUGAAGUUUGCAUCGCUGGAGACCUCUUCGGGUUCGCGAGUGGGUUCAUAAAGUUCAAAAAGGCUGAGAAGAAGAAAUUCGCGCGGCUGAUGAAGAAUCCGUAUCCCCUCCCGAUCUUAGAGUUAUGA